GAAGGCAGGGCUGUUACUCAGAGAGACAGAGGGCUGGAGCUACAAGAGUGUCCACAGCAGAGCCUUCAAAAAAAAAAAAAAGGAAAAAGAAAGAGGGAGACAGCCGGGUCACAGGAGUCCACCAAGCGUCCAGGAAACAGCUCACAGCUCAGGGACUCGGCCAAAAGAGGCGGGGAGCAGUUUGUUAUUGGAAAAGCUGACAAGAGAGCAAGGCAGCAGGGAGGGGAGAGAAAGAGAGGUGGCUGUCUGACUUUGACUUUGGUCAGUAAAGGCCUCAUGCAGCUUCUUAGCAGCAACUCAAUCCCAUUUUUAUCUGCCUGACACACCUCGGCUCAAAGCAAAGCUCACCAGGAGCCCAGAACUGAGGGGAAGUAAAGAGAGGAAUAAAGAGGAAACAGGAAGGAAAAGAGAGAACGCAGAGGAAGCAUGAUGACCCAAGAACAGUGCACUCAUAGGAACAAUGUCCAGAGUUCAGAGAAACCACAAGUGUACAAAGUGGGAAUAUACGGCUGGAGGAAACGCUGCCUUUACUUCUUCGUCCUGCUGCUGAUGAUCCUGAUCCUGAUCAACUUGGCGCUAACUAUCUGGAUCCUCAAGGUCAUGAACUUCACCAUAGACGGCAUGGGCAACCUGAGAAUAACAGAGAAGGGCCUGAAACUGGAAGGGGACUCUGAGUUCCUCCAACCCCUCUAUGCCAAAGAAAUCCAAUCCAAACCAGGCCGCCCGCUGUUCCUGCAGUCGUCCAGAAACGUGUCGGUCAAUAUUGUCAACAGCAACAACCAGCUGCUCACACAACUUGUAACAGGAUCCAGUGGAUUUAAAGCACGAGGCAAGAUGUUUGAAGUCAAAUCCACCUCUGGGAAGCUGCUCUUCUCCGCCGACGAGCAGGAGGUGGUGGUGGGCGCCGAGAGGCUCCGAGUGAUGGGGGCCGAAGGGGCCGUGUUCAGCAAAUCAGUGGAGACGCCACACGUCAGAGCCGAGCCAUUCAAAGAGCUGAGGCUGGAGUCUCCCACUCGCUCCCUGCUGAUGGAGGCUCCUAAAGGCAUCCAGAUCCUGGCUGAGGCUGGAGACAUCCAGGCCAUCUGCAGGAACGAGCUGCGACUGGAGUCCAAAGAUGGAGAGAUCUCUCUGGAUGCUCGUAGGAUUCGCCUGAUGCGGCUGCCUGAGGGGAAGGCCUCCACCAGCUCCUCAUCCUCUGGGACCAGGCAGACUGUCUACGAGGUUUGCGUUUGUCCCAACGGGAGGCUUUUCCUGUCCCAGGCCGGCACCGGAUCCACCUGCCAGAUCAGCAACAAUGUCUGCCUCUAGGACUGAUACAUACAAUUAUAAAUAAAUACACAGAUAGCCUGAAAGAAAGACGGGCAAAAACAGACAGAUGUACACAUAUCGCCUGCCUCCUGGACAGCAAACACAGACACUACAUACAAAGACUGCCAGAGCUGAUGGAAAUUUAAACAAUCAUAGAUACUGUAACUACACAGACACACUGAUGAGUACACUUUACAAUCACAAACACUCAGACUGAUAUUUAGGCUCAACCGAUAUGUUUUAAAGGCCAAUACGGAAAAUUUUGGAUCCUGGCUGCUGACAGCUGAUCUUUUGUGCCAAUAUUUCAAUGCUUAAAGAUAUUUUCUCCCUCAAUUUUAUACGUUUCAGAGUGGAAAAGCCUUUGAGAUCAGCAUUUAGAGCAUCACGGGUUACUAAAACUCUCCAUUGAGUGUCAUACACAUCUCUCAAAACUCUUUAUACAUACCAUACAGCAGGAGUUGUUAGGCUUUUAAACUGAACUACAUGAAUAAAACAAAACAAAAAAAAGUCUUUCAUUGCAGGUUUCAACAUUUUUUUAAUAUAACUAAGGUCAGAGAGGAAUCUCAAUCAUACUGGAAAUAUAGGUUACUGACCACUGAUACACUGGUAUUUAAUGAAAUGACAGUAUUGGUAAUGUAUCGGUCUGACCCUAUUUAUUAAUUGCGUACACACAUACAGAUGCACACACUCGCGUACAGACAUGCAUUCACACAGUAUACAUAUUCUGACAUGGAGUACACUCACACACACACUCACACUCUUUGCUCGUAGGAGCCUCCUGGUAGAAACUGAGAGGGAAAUUCUCCAGAGAUUUACAAGAAGAGACACUGAUCUGUUCCCUUUCUCCCUGAAGAGCAUUUCAGUACCAGAAUCACUAGGGUGAUCACCCAUGGCAACAAACCCCUUCCACUCCCCUUCCCUCUGUUCCCCUUUUCCCUCAUCUUCUCUUCUUCCUCUCCGACGGUUACCACAGCUGAGAUAAUUAAAAGAUUUAUACUUUUCUUUACUGUUGUUCAUAAAGCAUUUUAAAGCCUCAUAGGCACGCUAUAAGCACUUAAUUACGACUACUCCUAAUAUGCAUUGUGUCAGGACUUGGCAUGGAUGUAUUAGAAGAACUGGAUACCCGAAUCUAAAAUGGCACCCAUUCACUUGAAUGAAAAUUGCUCGGCCACAAGCCAAAAAAGGUUUCUAGCUUAUGCGUCUGCUCAGCCAGUGCACUUUGUAUUGGAUGAAGUCACUCACAGUGAAAGCGCUUUCUAGAAUCUCGGAAAGUUUUACCAUUAUAACACCUUCUCGGACUGAAAUCGUAAUGCGAGUGGCCUCUGGGACAAAUCAACAAAAAGACUGGCAGGCGGCAACGUAUCCAGCUCUCUCAAUACAUCCACAGGACUCGGAUAGUUUUGAGGGUAGAUGUUUUACAAACUGCCCUUUCAGUCAAAACCACUGACUGUUUAUAAUGAUGGACCAAGCACCUCCACCUCCUCCCACUGUACAGAGAUUAAGCCAAAAUAUCCCGGAUGUUGACGCUGCCAUCUUGCGCUGGUGAUGUUAUUCAGAGCCAGAAAAAUGAAUACUUGAACAUAAGAACUGAUAAGAUAAGAACUACCUAAAAUGACAAAACUUUGAUGUAUAUUUUGAUUUGUUAGUUCAGCCAAUGUCCCAUCAGCUAACAUGGAGGGGGCGGGCUUUAUGACCUGUACUGCAGCCAGCCACCAGGUGGCAAUGGAGAUGUUUUGGCUUCACUUUUGGGGAGCCGUCAUGUUGUCCAUCUUUAUUGAAAAAAUGAUGGUCAAAACUCAUACCACAUCCAGAAAUGUCCAUUGAUAUGUGUGUAAAAAUGCAUUAAGUGCUGUUAGUUUGCCUAUGUGACAAUGCAUAAACAUCAUUAGGGUUUUGUGGGGGGAAAAGUUGAUGCUUUCGAACAACCAAACUUUUAAAUUUAACUUUUAAAGUUGAUUUCAGUUCAAAAGGCAGAAUUGACAUUGCAAUUAGGUUGACACAAGUAAAUUAAGUCACAAAAUAUUCAGCCCAGUUGGCCUUUGGUAGAAUCUGUCCAAAGUGUAUCAUGACAAACUAUAACUCAUGCCAUGUUCACGUCCUAUCAUGUGCACCCAACUGGGAAUAAUUAUGCAAAUCAGCUUCAAAGUGCUGAAACAAUUUAUUCAUCUGACUUAUUUAUUUCGAGUGUGUUAACAACAACUAUCUUGCGAACUCAGAUUUUGACAUUUGAACAUGGUAAUCAUGUGGUGGCAGAGAGACAUUGCCCAGUUGUAACCGUUCAUGUGAUAUGAUGUGAACAUGGCACAAGUGCUGCCACACAAACCUCAACCAUUAAACCACUGAUCUGUUGGGCUUUUUUAUUUGAUGUAAUCUUUUGACUUUGAAGUGAAUAGAAAGUUGUUUUAAUUAAAUAAUCGUCAGUGUUCUGUUUUGCCUACAUAAACUCUGUCCACGUCUCUUCCUGUCUCUCUAAAAAAACCUCAACAUUCUGUUGUAACUCUUAACUUUUUAAUCACACAAAACAGAACCCAUGUCAUAAAUGUCUGAUGUAAGCUGCCCCAACCUCUGCCAUGGUCACCCUACUUGUUUCUUGCACUGGGACAAUUUUUAAAAAAGGGACAAACAAACUAAUGCGAGCCACUCUGUUGAAAGAGGGGAACUGUGCCUGUGCCUUAUGUCGAUGCACUUGUGGCAAGAAGAAGCACAUCACACAGACUUUCUUUGGCAUCAACGAGUAACAUGAUCUCUGAUUUCAGUUCAGUUUCAUCCCGAUUCACAAAUCUCUCCCUCUGUGUGAAUGCAAAGACCUUCAGCCACAUCUACCUGUAGCUCCCCCUGCUGUCAGCACCUGACUCUGCAAAAGGAUGAGUUGUUUUUCUAUUUGUAUUGACCACUUUAGUUUCCCCAAGCUUGGGAUGAUGGUCUUGUUACUUUGCUUUUUGUGAAAACAUGUAUGUUUCUGUAACAAACACGUGAUCCUGUGGAAUUUAAGAGAAAGAUCACGGCACUGAUGGGUCUGAUUAUCACUACAUAUCCCAAACCACUUGGCCAAAAAGACCUCCUUUCUCCAACAUGUUAAGAUCUUGAUGUUCUUGCACACUUGUUUUUUUUAUCUUAACAGGCUCAAAUCUGGGGUCUUAAGAUGGUAAAAGCAUGUUCAUGUGUAACAUAUGAACUCCUGUGUUCUGGGUGCAGACCACUUUGGCAAAACCACUUCUGUCUUUUCUUGUAUUUUCAUGCAACACCAUAAAACUGUAUUACUGCUUCCUUGCUCUGUUCAGACCCCACUAUAAUCAUCACUAAUAGUGCCACUUUAGUAUAGUUGCCAUGCGCAGAUGUUCUAGAAAGUGACACUUAGUGGGGAAAUGCUGUAGAUGUUAAAAUGUGGUUGUCAUUGCAACAUGAUCUCACCCCUACUCGUCAAAUUGAUUUGAUGCUUGGGCAGAAGCCCCUAGCAACACUAUAACCACCUUAGACCCUGUGUCCUCAAAUGUGGACAUUGCAUUUUGGGUUUACUCGACGUUAUACUUCAUUCCACUUAACUUAGAUCUGUUGUCCUUGUUUGUGGACAUUUUUUGUGCCAUCGAGUGGUAGUAAGAGUACACUACACUAAUCCAUGUAAAAACAAGAUGGCAGCCAUCUCUGCCAAGUCAGUCUGCAGCCAAUCCCGACACAAAAAUUGACAAGGUCCAAAACCUGAUCACAUUUUAUGGUUGAAACGUCUUUAUUUAUGAUUAAUAGUGUUUGUAAUUUGAUAUGGCAACAAAUUUGACCAAUUUUAGCAACAGUUAACAAGCUAAGACACUGCUAAUUAGGAAGUACUCAUCUAAAGAGGUUGGAACUUUAUUAUCGUCUCAUGUUUAGUUUUAGUAAUCUUUAUUUCGAACAUGCAAACAAAUGAAUAAAUAAAUAGCAAAAGAAAACAAAACAAAAACAGUAUUUGUAACAAGAACAAGUGUAAAGCCACUGAAUUAUAAAAAUAAUCUAUAAAUAAAUUAAUAAUAAUAAUACAAAAGCAAGCAAUUUACAAUACAAACAAAAAAAACAAAAAAAGAAACAGAGACCCAUUAAGUGGUCUUGUGUUUACAUGUCCGAAAAGGAGUGGGCUGAAGUAAAAAACUUAUUUAAUCCCACCACUCUUCCUAAGUCAGUAUACAUUGCUUAUCUAGCUUCCUGAUAUAUAUAUAUAUAUAUAUAUAUGUACUGUCAUAUUAAUUAUUAAUUUAUCUAAUCUAAAUAUUUAAUUCAAUUGAAAAACAAAACAAAAUCAAAACAGAUAGACAGUAACUCAGAAAAGAACAAAUAAAGUAAACAAAUACACAACACCAUGAAAACCAAACCAAAUGGGAAGACAUUGGGAAUUUAUUAUGGUUGACAGUGUUAAGGUUUUAUACUUACCGGGUCCUACUGAUCCCAUACAUCUAGGAGAGAUUAAAAAUGCAUACCAAACAAAAGUUCGGGUCUCAGGAAGAUAAUGAUGCUGGGGCUAGACUUUUGCGUUGAAUCUUAACACAAGGAUCAAGGGGUCAGUCAUUAGUCAUGUGAGUCGACUCACGUGACUAAUGACUGACUAACAAGUGACUUAUAACUGUAGUGACAAAAUAACUUUGCGUUAACUUUUAGUUUCACAUGGGACACAAACACCAGUCUCUUGGGUCAGAGUCCUGUGCUUGUUGAACUCUUCCACCCAUAAUACGUCCAUUGCUUUUAACGUCUAAUAAUGACGUGGGUGGGUUUACAUUUGAGUUGGUUGAAAAUCUGGUGCGUCUCAAACCGGCAUCGCUAUAAUUACACCGGGGACUUUGCCCAUCUGGCAUAUUUUGACAUCCUGGAAGUAAGACAAGGCCGGUGUUUGAGUAUUUUGCUGAAUCGUCCAACAUCAGCAGAGUUGAAUUUAUCACCAUGGAGACUUUUCUAGUGAACAUAUCAGUAAAGUUGUACUGCUUAUACUAAAUGUGUCAGGAAAUGACAUUUGUUUCCCCUACAAUAUCUGCCUGUGGCAACUAGAGCAUGAUUAACAUUUUUUAUAUUUCUCUUCAGGCUUCAGUGGCAUGGAAGCAGCAGUCAACAUUGGUGUAAAAAUUCCACGCAUUGAAAUGUUUUUACAUGUUAAGGCACCAGAUUUUUGAUCUUUUAAGAUACGAUAACUUGGCAUGUAAAGACAUUAAGAUCUUGUUUGAACAAGACACCAGAUGUUUUCGACCAAGUGGCUUGUGAUACCUCCUGAACACAAUCACAGUAGUGCACAGCGUUUAUUUAUUUCUUGUUUAAAAUGACAUCCUUUUUAAGAGUCAGGUGCACCAACCUUCUCGCUGGCUCCCAGCUUCUCUGUCGCUGUAUAUUAAAGGACUUUCAUAAAUAUUUCAGAACAAAAUUGAACCUAUCUGAUGUAUUUGAUUUUUUUGAAUACAUGAACACAAGAGAAAUACAAAUUUUUUAUAUGGUUGUAUUUGUAAAUAAUGUAUACAUAACCGCGUCGGUGCGAUACACGCCGACACGAAAGAGAAACACUGCUCUUUUGCAAAAAGGAAAGCCUUUUUUAUAAUGUACAUCAGUAUGUGUUUUUAUACUAAAAGGGCAAAAAAAAGAUGUUAAAGGAUUCAUUGAGUUAGCAUGUACAGCAAUGUAUACAAUGUGCGCCUGUGGAGAACAAGCUGGUUUUGUUUUUAUGCCUUCUCCUUCCUGUACUCGUCUCUCCUGCUGAGCUCAGAUGUUUCACACAAACACAAACCUGCUUUCUUUUUGUUCUGUUGUUGUUGUUCUGUUGGGCCCGAGGUCUUUGCAUUCUCUCCAAGUGUGCCGUGUGUGUAAAUUUGUGCUACUAUGAGUGAGCUUUUGUUUUGUUCUUCUGUUCCACAGAACGUGUCGAAUGAUUCUCAGAGAAGCAAAAACAGAAAGCAAAAGUCAAGAGAAGGAGAGGAGGAAACAAUACACGGGGUUACACAUGGUCAGAUGAAUGCAGGAACAGGCAACAAAGAUCCAGUGUGUGAAAAA